AUGGCCCCGAUGGUGUUGUUUAAGUUCCAUCCUAAAGUCACAACUAAGGCUGUGGACUGGCUCAUGGUCAAGAUCUCAGCACCCGAACUCCAGGGUGGAGCCGACCUACCGUGCAGAUUGCUAAGCAACUCAAAGCAGGGGGAGCCAGUGGUGGUGGUGGGCGCCGAUAUUGAACGGCUGCUCCUGGAAGCUGACGAGUCCAUCCUCUUCCGACACAAGCCAUAUAGUUCAGCUAUCAGACUGAGCGAGGCAGUGUGUUCAGACUCACAAGGGGCUAACCUGGGACCAGAGACACAAGGAGAGGGCAAACCAGGGGAGGCGGACGAGGAGAGGAGAAGCGCGGCCAACGGCCUCCACGGGAUGAUCUCGUCUGCGGAGGCCGUGAGCCUGCUGCUGAAGGUGCUGGGCCAGCUGAAGGUGGGUGACACGGAGGAGGUGAACGUCUUCCCAAACAUCUUCCUCACCCCUGGUGAGCCGGUCAUAAGCAGCAUGCUUCACCACGGUGCUAUCACGGCGGCAUACCCCCUUCACGAGGUGCCGGUUCUCGAACACCUGGAGAGGAGAUGGCGGGCCAGCUGGUUUGGUUUCAAACCCUUUUGCCAGAGGGAGAUCCUGGAAGACAUCAUGGAUUACUUUGGAAAGCCCGUGGCUCUCUACUUUGGCUUCAUGUGGACGCUGGCCAAUGCUCUCCUAAAGAAAUCUGUGCUGUACCUGUGUCUGCAUUUCUGCCUGAUGCAGGAAUUCAACUCACCACUCCUCUCAUUCACUGGAGUGGUGUGGUCAAGGCUCUUCCUACACGGCUGGAAACAGAAGAGUGAAGCUCUGAAGGCUGAAUGGGGGUCUGGGGAGCCCAUGCAAAGACAUUGGCCAGGGUCUCCACCUUCUACUCACCAGAACCAAGAGAACCUCUCAGCUGACACAGGCUGGAAAAGAGUCCUGUCCUCGGUUCUUUUCCUGACCCUCACAGUUCUCAUGACCUCCACGGUGACUGCCACUUACCUCGACCUAGAUGGGAAAUUCAAGAACCAUCUCUCAGCAGACAAACACAAAUCCCCAUAUUCCCAUCUCUGCCUCUACCUCCCAGAUGUCUUUCUGUCUGUUACUAUGACGGCUUUGGACUGGUUUGCCGUAGAGUUAUCCGGGCACCUCAACUCCAGAUCAGCUUCUCCCAGCUCUUCAAGUUCUCUAGGAAGUCAGCAGCCCCUACUGCCUGAGCUUGUCAUUUUCUGCUUAUUCAAUCACUUUGGUGUGCAUUUUUACCAAGCACUACAGCUGAGAGAGCUCUCUGGCCUGGGUCAACGGAUCUCUGUGCAGUUGGCCACUCAGUGCACCCUAAACCUGCUCCUCAGCCUCCUACUGCCCUGCGCCAAACAGCGGGCAGUCCGGGGGAUGGACUGGACUAAAGCCGGCGUGCCUCCAGUGCUGCAGCAGAUCCAGAGGCAGUGCGACUGGCCAUCCAGCGAUAACAGCCAGACCCGCUGCUACCUCGAGCUCCUCACCUCCUACGGCUACGUCAUGCUUUUCUCCAGCAUGAGCCCCCAGUGUGUGCUCUGGUGCUGGGCGGCCGUGUUCCUGAAAUCCUGGCUGGACAUGUGGCGCCUGGGCUGGGCGGUGUGCCGUCCACUCCCAUGCGAGGCACCCGCCGGGGGCAUCACCGUUUGGCAGGAGGUGUUCCUGGUGGUGGAGACGCUGGUCAUCCUGGGCAACACCAUCCUGCUGCAGACCUCUGCCGAGGCGGAGGAGCUCCUGCUGGACCUGAGCCCAUGGGAGCUCGUGCAGGUGGCCCUAGGGCAGCAGCUGUUCCUGCUGGUGCUGGGGAGCGCCGCGGCUAACCUGGUGUUCGGCUUCUUCCAGGCUGUUGGCUGGCACGCAGGACAGCCUGGCCAGCGCCACCACAGGCACUACAGGAUCCACCGACAGCAGCAGCAGCAGAGACUGCCCCCAGAGGCUAAUGAGUAA